UCGGUUGAAUUAGAAGUGCCCUUUCCUGCCGCGAGUUGCGUGGAGGCGGCUCGUGAGUCUCUUGAGACCCGAAAAUUGAGAGCUUGUAAGCGACCGGGAGGCUGCCCCCGGCGGUCCUGAGGCCAUCAAAAUGCCACAAAACGAAUAUAUCGAGUUACACCGUAAACGGUACGGAUAUCGUUUGGAUUACCAUGAGAAAAAAAGGAAGAAGGAAGGUCGAGAGGCUCAUGAACGUUCAAAGAAGGCAAAAAAGAUGAUUGGCCUGAAAGCUAAGCUCUACCAUAAACAGCGCCAUGCUGAGAAAAUACAAAUGAAAAAGACUAUCAAGAUGCAUGAAAAGAGAAACACCAAACAAAAGAAUGAUGAAAAGACACCACAAGGAGCAGUACCUGCAUAUCUGCUGGACAGAGAGGGACAGUCCCGAGCUAAAGUACUUUCCAAUAUGAUUAAACAAAAACGAAAAGAGAAAGCGGGGAAAUGGGAGGUCCCGCUACCAAAAGUUCGUGCACAGGGAGAAACAGAAGUAUUAAAAGUUAUUCGAACAGGAAAGAGAAAGAAGAAAGCAUGGAAGAGGAUGGUCACAAAAGUCUGCUUUGUUGGAGAUGGCUUUACAAGAAAACCACCCAAAUAUGAAAGAUUCAUUAGGCCAAUGGGUUUACGUUUCAAAAAGGCCCAUGUAACACAUCCUGAACUGAAAGCCACUUUUUGCCUGCCAAUACUUGGUGUAAAAAAGAAUCCCUCAUCUCCACUCUAUACGACUUUGGGUGUUAUCACCAAGGGUACUGUCAUUGAAGUUAACGUGAGCGAAUUGGGCCUUGUGACACAAGGAGGCAAGGUUAUUUGGGGAAAAUAUGCCCAGGUUACCAACAAUCCCGAAAAUGAUGGAUGCAUAAAUGCAGUCUUGUUGGUUUGACAGCAGUUUCAUACAAGUAACUCCAUAUAAUUAUUGAAGACUACACAGUAAUCAGGAAAAACACCAUGCUAUGUUUCUGAAUACUACCAGCCUUACUUACAUGUCUGCCAUCAUUAAGACAACUAUUACAUU